CGGACGACAGAUGCAGCUGUCUGCACGGAGGGACGUGUCUUCCUCACGGAGAGGGUUUCCGCUGCUUCUGUCCGCAGGGUUACGCAGGAGAGAGCUGUGAAAUCGAUGUGGAUGACUGUCAGUCGAACCCCUGUGAGAACGGCGGCACCUGUAUCGAUAAAGAGGACUCGUUUGUGUGUCUCUGUUUGCCGAGUUACACCGGAGACCGAUGUGAGAGAGACACAGAGGGCUGUGAACACGGCUGGAAGAAGUUUCACGGUCACUGCUACCGUCUGUUUCCUCGCAGACACACCUGGGAGGACGCAGAGAAAGACUGCAGGGAACACAGCAGUCACCUGACCAGCAUCACUUCCUCCAUGGAGCAGGACUUCCUUAACGGUCUGGGUCAUGAGAACGUUUGGAUCGGUUUGAAUGAUCGCACAGUGGAAGAGGAUUUCCAGUGGACUGAUGGGAUGGAUGUUGUGUAUGAGAACUGGCGUGAGAAUCAGCCGGAUAACUUCUUCGCGGGCGGAGAGGAUUGUGUGGUGAUGAUCACUAGAGAGGACGGCAAAUGGAACGACGUGCCCUGCAACUACAAUCUACCUUACGUCUGCAAGAAAGGAACCGUGAUGUGUGGCACUCCGCCGGCUGUCGAUAACACCUAUCUAGUGGGCCGCAGACGCUCACACUACGACAUCCACGCGGUGGUUCAGUACCAGUGCGCCGACGGCUUCUUUCAGAGACACAUCCCGACUGUCCGCUGCCGACCCAACGGGACCUGGGAAAGACCCAAGAUCAUCUGCACUAAAUCGCGGCGAUCUCACCGUUACCGUCGGCAACACCACAGAUCUCGGCGCGAGCAUCGACGACACCGGAGACACGGAUCUGGGCACAGGGGGCGGGAUUAAGCCACGGUGGUGGAGCUAAAAAGCAGGGGUCGUGACCUCUUACCCCGUGGCCUGUGUUCCCGUGAGUCCAUGAGGAAUCGCUACAGACGGAAUGGACAGAAAUAAUGGUUCUUUUUUACCGCUGUUAUUUAGGUUUCAUUAACCCUCCGUUCACAUCUAGAGGAAUGUUUUUCAUUGGUUAUUUCACGCAGACGUUCGGUGAUGUGUCACUCACCGCCACAAACGCUCUUCAUCUUUAUACGAUAGUCGUUUUAAUUUGUCUACGCAGCAGGUGAAGGUUCUGGUAGCUCAUGCUCAUAUUUCUUCAGCUUUAGAUUUUUGGGAUGUGAUGCUUUAAUGAAGUACUGAAUGUCCAAACUGCCCAAAAUCAUUCAUAUUCAUAAAAUGAGAUGAUCUUCAAGCCUUUAAAUGGCACAAUGAUUCUUUGUACCCCUUGAGACUUUACUUUUUUACUUUCAUGUUAGGCGUUUGGUGAUGAUUUGGUUUAUAUUGCAAAUUUAACUAUUGUGACGUGUUGGAUUAGAAUCAUAGUGAAACCUCUUAUGUUCAUAAAUGAGUGAAUCUCAUGAAGAAAAGCAACGUCCAGCUUAUGCUUCACACCAA